AUGAGCCGAAUGAGCCGGUUGCUCGAACGCUGUCAUCGGAGCAGGCUGUGGGCUGAAUGCCGGACUGACUAAAGAAGGACUCGCAGCUACAAAAAAGAGGACUUUUUGUCUGGGGACAGAAACGCGAUGGCCUCCAACUUCAAUGAUAUUGUGAAGCAAGGAUAUGUGAAAAUUCGGAGCAGAAAGCUUGGGAUCUUCAGGAGAUGUUGGCUGGUAUUUAAGAAGGCAUCAAGUAAAGGGCCACGGCGACUAGAAAAAUUUCCUGAUGAGAAGGCAGCUUACUUCAGGAAUUUCCACAAGAUAACAGAACUGCACAACAUCCGGAACAUAACCAGAAUGCCCCGGGAGACCAAGAAACAUGCGGUGGCAAUUAUCUUCUAUGAUGAGACGUCAAAGACAUUUGCUUGUGAGUCAGAACUGGAGGCUGAGGAGUGGUGUAAACUGCUGUGUGUGGAGUGUCUGGGCACAAGGCUUAAUGAUAUCAGUCUUGGAGAGCCAGACCUGUUAGCGGCGGGUGUGCAGAGAGAACAAAAUGAGCGAUUCAAUGUUUACUUGAUGCCUACACCAAAUCUGGACAUUUAUGGGGAGUGCACUAUGCAGAUCACACAUGAAAACAUUUAUCUGUGGGACAUUCACAAUCCUCGAGUCAAGCUGGUAAUGUGGCCCCUCAACUCCCUGAGGAGAUAUGGAAGAGAUUCCACCUGGUUUACAUUUGAGUCGGGAAGAAUGUGUGACACUGGAGAAGGACUCUUCACAUUUCAGACCAGGGAGGGAGAGAUGAUCUAUCAGAGAGUCCACUCGGCUACGCUGUCCAUCGCCGAACAGCAUGAGAGAAUGAUGAUGGAGAUGGAGAAAAGCUCGCUGACAUACUCCAGUCCAAAUGAGACGACACUAUCAAAGUCAAUAUCUCUGCCUCGCAGUGCUUACUGGCAUCAUAUCAUGCGUCAGAGCAGUGUGGGAGAUAUCUACAGUUUCCAAGGGCCAAGCUUGACGAUGACGCUCAUACCCCGGGCACAGACUUUCCACAGCUUUUUCUCAGAACAAAGCAGUAACGAGCAUCAGCGCCCAACUCGAGGCCAGGAGCAAGCGCUGUCUCCCUCUAGUGGCUAUGGAUCAAACAACAGCCCACAACCCAUCCAAUGACCGGCGCUGAAUGGCUGAAUAUUUUUCAUCAAGCCAAGAUGGGACAUUCCAAUCCUUUAGUAAGAUUAUAGGAAUGAAAUUCACCUAUUGAUAAUACUGAUGAGGUCUGUAGAGCAACAGCCAUACUUGUAUGUAAAAUGGUUUUAUUUUUUGGUACUUUUUGGUUGACAACUCAAUUUAGUUGAUAAUCACACCAGAACCCUGAAUAAGGCAGACAUAUAUUUGACAACACUUCCUCUUACCAACUACUGCAGUAAAUAAUUUAGAAAACCAGAGUUCCCAAAAAUGGACCCAGGUAAUUUAUUAAACAUGCUAUUUUGAGACACCUUUAGAUGUCAUACAUGUUCAAAGGUAUUCACCAUAGGCAGGGGUAAUCUCAAUCGCAUUAUAAUUGCAAAGCAAUGCUUAAGUUAAGCGCUUUUAUUUCAUGAUUUUUCAUGGCACCCCUUUAUGGCAAUGACUCAAAUGUGUUUUUUCUGUAACUGCUUAAUUUGUAUUACUUACUGUAUGACGUUCUAGUUCUCUGCUGUUUGGACCCAGAGAGAACACAUCGAGUGUUUGAAACUGUGAUAAUUUUGGUAGUCCUCUAAUGGCCCAUGUGAACACAUACUGUAACAGUAAGUUAUUCAUAGCUGUCUUUGGAAAGGGGAAGACAUGCACGCAGCAGUUCUUGCACAGAUAAUAGCUUGUUCUUUCCUCGGUCAACCACAUUCAUGGUUGUCUAUUAUUCCUUUUAAUAAUUGUCUGUAUUCUAUGGGUCUUGCUAUUUAUAAAUGAUAAACAAAUAAAAGUUAUUCAAAUGCAUUUUUAACAAUAGUACACCAAAAUUAUCAAGUGCCUUUUUAAAUCAAAUGUGGUCAUCUAUGCCCAAACCUCCAGAAAACAAAGUAGAACAAAGUUCAGUAAUUACACACUUAAAAUGUUCAUACAAAUACCAAACCCUGAUUGGAAUAUCCUAAAGAGCAUGUUUGCGGCACAACAGAAUUCAACAUCCGUUCAGAAGUUAUUUGUGAGUCAAGUUCAAUUGACCUGUUACUGUGUGUGUUUAAGUAUCUCUGGAACAUAACCCAAGUCCUGCAUUGCUUUUGUGUUGUGUAUUUAUGAAGAAUCACGUCAGAGAUACACGUGCAUAAUUCCUGUUUGUCCAUUUAUUUAUAUUUUAACACAUUAUAUGUGAAAGAAUUUAACCUGGACUUAGGUUUGAUUAACAAAUGAUGUGCCCUUCUAAGAAAGGUUUUCAGUAUUUAUGUAUAGUUAGUGUAUGAUACAGAUCAUAUAAAAUUAUGUAUGUGUGUGUGUGUAGACACACACACAUGCACACAAUUCUAAUUUAGCCUACAUGGAGUAUUUACAACGUGUUGAAAAAGGGAAAAUUAUUCCCAAAACCUAGACGUUUGUUGCCUGUUAAACAACUAUGUAUUAUGUCAUUUUUUCAAUGUGUACUGUUUUAUCAAUUAGGUUCAGUUUAAUCAUGUUUCAAUUGUUUAUUUUUAAUUAUAACAACAUACUGGUGGUCUAUUUUAGUUUGUUGUGUGAUUACUAAUUUGUGUUGAAAUAUACAUUUAUUUUUUAUGUCAUGACCCACACCCCCCCCUCCCCCUCAC